UCCUCCUCCCGUGGCGCUCCUUGCUCCCGUGCCCGGCGCCGCCGGCCGCCCGGCCCCCUCCUCCACCUCCCGAGGCCGCCCCCGGUCACCUCCUCCUCCUCCCGUGGCCGCCGGCCCCAUCUCCUCCUCCGCUCGCUUGAAGAAUCCACGCGCGUCCAAACCCUAAUCCAAAUCCUAUUACUCUCCUCUCUCCGGUCGCGACGCCUCUGCCCCACCCCGUCGCCUCCUCCGUCCAUACCACCUCCCGAUCCGGAUCCGCGCGGCCCGGUCUCCAUCUUGAACGCCCCAAACCGUCCCCGGUACUCCACCUACAAGCAACGGCGGCCUCCAGGCGGCACGAUGGCCUCCCCAGCGGAGGCGCCGUGGGCUCCAGGUGGUGCGGCGGCCUCUCCAAGCGCGGCGGCAGCGGGCAGCCUCCAGGCGUCGGUGGCUUCCCUGUCGCGGCCGCCUCCAGGCGCGGCGUCAGCAGCCUUCCCCCAAGCUUUACGCGGACCUAUCUUGUGUGGAAUGCGGGCAAUUUGGACUGCAAGGAACAAAAGAAAUCAUGGAGAAACCUCAAUGAGCAUUACACAAGCUUGCAGGUGGGCAAGGGACAUGGCCUCCGAUCUGAUUCAGACCUCGGGCCCUUGUGCAAAAGGUAAACAAGGAGCCACGGCUGUGAUGAUUAGAGAUGACAUGGGCCAGGUGAUUGCUAUCCGAUGCAAGUGGUACAACGAUAUCUCAAUUGUGCUGUCAGCAGAGGCACUGGCAUGUUGGGAUGGUGCAGAAUUGAUGGCCAGCCUGAAAUAAGGUGAUCUUAGAAACAAAUAAUCUGGAUGUUGCUAAUUUGUGGAAAAGUAGAAGCGAAAACAGAUCAUGUAUCCUGCCUGUUCUGCUCCAAAUUCAGGAUAUUUGUAGGGGGUGUGAUGUUUUUGAGUUUACUCAUGUUUGUAGAGAGGUCAAUAUGGCUGCGCACUAGACAACCAUGUUCGCUUCUUGUAGUCAGUUUGUAAACACUUGGAUGUACCAGAAACCUGAUUUCCUGAACGCCUGUAUUCAGCAUGAUUCUCAUGCUUGACAAUGAGUUAAUAUAAGGCAGUUUCACUCUAAAAAAA